UCUCUGGGCCUCAGUCUCCAUAUCUAAUAUUAGUGUACGGUAAUACAUAAAGGUAGUACCAGAAAUUAAGUGUUUAAAGAUUAAAUCAGAUCCUAUUAAGGGCUUAGCUCAAUGACCAGCACAUAAAAGCACUCAGUAUAUAUUAGCUUUUCCAUUUUCCGCACCCAAACCUUGUCUAAAAGCAACACACACUAUUUUAACCAGGGAUCGCACGCUCUAGCGGUCCCCGGGCAGCGGGGAAGGGCUUCCAACCGCCAGCAUCCGUAGCUGUCGGCCGCCGCCAGGGGGCGCGCUCCGACGUCCGGGCACCCACCCGCCCAGCAGCGGGAGACUCUGCUGUCCGAGCCAGGACUGAAGGCCCCGCCGCGGGGAGGCGGGGACCAGCGGCCUCGGCCGGGACACCGGGCUCAGGCGGCGGGGUGGUGGCGGCGGCGGGAGGGGGCGCUGCAGUGACUCGGCGGGCGCGGCGCGGAGGAAGUGUCGUCCUCGCCGCCGCCUGAGCUGCGCGGGCCACGAUGUCGUCCCGGCCCGGGCACGCCGACUCGGGGGCCGGGGGCACCCGGCGGCCGCGGGAGCCGAGGGAGCCGCGGGAGCCCCGGGAUCAGGAGCUGCAGCGGCGCCGGGAGCAGAAGCGGCGGCGACGAGACGCGCAGCAGCUGCAGCAGCUCAAGCACCUGGAGUCCUUCUACGAGAAACCUCCUCCUGGGCUUAUCAAGGAAGAUGAGACGAGGCCAGAAGACUGCAUACCAGAUGUACCAGGCAAUGAACAUGCCAGGGAGUUUCUGGCUCAUGCACCGACAAAAGGCCUUUGGAUGCCGCUGGGGAAGGAGGUCAAAGUCAUGCAGUGUUGGCGCUGUAAGCGCUAUGGUCACCGAACGGGCGACAAAGAGUGCCCCUUCUUUAUCAAAGGCAACCAAAAGCUAGAACAGUUCCGAGUGGCACAUGAGGAUCCCAUGUAUGACAUCAUACGGGAGAAUAAAAGACACGAGAAGGAUAUAAGGAUACAACAGCUAAAGCAGUUACUGGAAGAUUCCACCUCAGAUGAUGAUGGGAGCAGCUCUAGCUCCUCAGAGGACAAGGAGAGACCCAAGAAAAGGAGGAAGAAAGAAAAGCAUAAGAAAAAGAAGAAAGAGAAGAAGAAGAAGAAGAAACGAAAGCACAAGUCUUCCAAGUCACACGAGAGCUCGGACUCGGACUGACAGGCACUGGGCUUGUUCAGACUCUCGUCUCGGGGAUCGGACACUGGGGCCAGAGAGCAGGGGACCGCGGGGUCGGCGAGGCCGGGAGAGAGGACACCAGUGAGGCUGCCUGGGGUCACACACGUGCGUUCUCACCUACCUUCCAGUGGAGGUGUGACCAGCGGAGAGGGACUCACACCUUCCCAGGUGCCUGCUCCAGGCGGCAGCUGACUUCUGGCAGGAAAGCUCUUUCCGGUGUCGUCCUGCUGGUCACUGGGGUGUGUGAUUCCUGCGGGAUGGCAGGACCGAGGGGGCUCUGAGGACACACCCCGGGUGCUGUCACCCUCCACCGUGAGGCUGCUGAGUUCCCAGCCUGCAGGCUGGACCUUCCUCUGUUCUUCAAGAUAGUAAUAAAAGGUCGUUAUUUAUUUUUUCAAA